UGCACCUCUUCCUUGGUAGCUACAUUUUGUCGCCGGUUGGGUAAGGGGCAAAACGCCGGACGUCGGGUCUUUCCUCCAUGUUGUGUCGUGGAGGUUGUGAGGUCAGAGGAAACGGCCGGGCUGAAUCCAGGGCGGGGGCGGGGAGAGCUGGGAGCUGUCACUGGAGCGGGUCUGGCUCGCGCUCCCGGCCAGAUUCCGAGCCGGGAAUUUCGGCGGAUUUAGCUCGCAGGCAAAACGCAAUCCCAGCGCUCCCGGAGCGGCCUCUUUUGUAGAAGCACCUGAGAUGCUGGGUGUGGUGCACUAAACGGUAGCGGCAGCAGCAGCCACAGCAAGCUGGGGCCCUGUGUAGAAGCUCCAUCCCCUUGUCUCUGUGCCCGCCUGACUCAGAGAUUAUCUUAGAAGAUCUAGGAUUCUGAAAUGUUUCCCCUGAAGGAUGCUGAAAUGGGUGCCUUUACCUUCUUUGCCUCAGCUCUGCCACAUGAUGUUUGUGGAAGUAAUGGGCUUCCUCUUACACCAAAUUCCAUCAAAAUUUUGGGGCGAUUUCAAAUCCUUAAGACCAUCACUCAUCCCAGACUUUGCCAGUAUGUGGAUAUUUCUAGGGGAAAGCAUGAGAGACUGGUGGUGGUAGCUGAACACUGUGAACGGAGUCUAGAAGACUUGCUUCGAGAGAGGAAACCCAUGAGCUACUCAAAGGUUUUGUGCAUAGCAUUUGAGGUACUUCAGGGUUUGCAGUAUAUGAACAAACAUGGUAUAGUACACCGGGCACUUUCUCCUCAUAAUAUUCUUUUGGACCGAAAGGGACAUGUUAAAUUGGCUAAAUUUGGACUUUAUCACAUGACAGCUCAUGGUGACGAUGUUGAUUUCCCAAUUGGGUAUCCAUCAUACUUGGCACCCGAGGUAAUUGCACAAGGAAUUGUCAAAAGCACUGAUCAUAUGCCAAGUGAAAAACCAUUGCCUUCUGGCCCCAAAUCAGAUGUGUGGUCUCUUGGAAUAAUUUUAUUUGAGCUUUCUGUGGGAAGAAAAUUAUUUCAAAGCUUGGAUAUUUCUGAAAGACUAAAAUUUUUGCUUUCAUUAGAUUGCGUAGAUGACACUAUAAUAGUUCUGGCUGAAGAACAUGGUUGUCUGGACAUUAUAAAGGACCUUCCUGAAAAUGUGAUAGAUCUUUUGAAGAAGUGUCUCACCUUCCACCCUUCCAAGAGGCCAACUGCAGAUGAAUUAAUGCAGGACAAGGUAUUCAGUGAAGUGUCACCUUUAUAUACUCCCUUUACCAAACCUGCCAGUCUGUUCUCAUCUUCUCUAAGAUGUGCUGAUUUAACUCUGCCUGAGGAUAUCAGCCAGCUGUGUAAAGAUGUAAACAGUGAUUACCUGGCAGAAAGAUCUAUUGAAGAAGUAUAUUACCUUUGGUGUUUAGCUGGAGGUGACUUGGAGAAGGAGCUUGUCAACAAGGAAAUCAUUCGAUCCAAACCACCUGUCUGCACACUUCCCAAUUUUCUCUUUGAAGAUGGUGAAAGCUUUGGGCAAGGUCGAGACAGAAGCUCACUGUUGGAUGACACCACUGUGACGUUGUCGUUAUGCCAGCUAAGGAAUAGAUUAAAAGAUGUUGGUGGAGAAGCAUUUUACCCACUACUUGAAGAUGACCAGUCUAAUUUACCUCAUUCAAACAGCAAUAAUGAGUUGUCUGCAGCUGCCACUCUCCCUUUAAUCAUCAGAGAGAGGGACACAGAGUACCAACUAAACAGAAUCAUUCUCUUUGACAGGCUGCUAAAGGCUUAUCCAUAUAAAAAAAAUCAAAUCUGGAAGGAAGCACGAGUUGACAUUCCUCCUCUUAUGAGAGGUUUAACAUGGGCUGCUCUUCUGGGAGUUGAGGGGGCUAUCCAUGCCAAAUACGAUGCAAUUGAUAAAGACACUCCAAUUCCUACAGAUAGACAAAUUGAAGUGGAUAUUCCUCGUUGUCAUCAGUACGAUGAACUGCUGUCAUCACCAGAAGGUCAUGCAAAAUUUAGGCGUGUAUUAAAAGCCUGGGUCGUGUCUCAUCCUGAUCUUGUGUAUUGGCAAGGUCUUGAUUCGCUUUGUGCUCCAUUCCUAUAUUUAAAUUUUAAUAAUGAAGCCUUGGCUUAUGCAUGUAUGUCUGCUUUUAUUCCCAAAUACCUGUAUAACUUUUUCUUGAAAGACAACUCGCAUGUAAUACAAGAGUAUCUGACUGUGUUCUCUCAGAUGAUUGCUUUCCAUGAUCCAGAGCUGAGCAAUCAUCUCAAUGAGAUUGGAUUUAUUCCAGAUCUCUAUGCCAUCCCUUGGUUUCUCACCAUGUUUACCCAUGUAUUUCCACUGCACAAAAUUUUCCACCUCUGGGACACCUUACUCCUUGGGAACUCCUCUUUCCCAUUCUGUAUUGGAGUAGCAAUCCUCCAGCAGCUUCGGGACCGGCUUUUGGCUAAUGGCUUUAAUGAGUGCAUUCUUCUCUUCUCUGAUUUACCAGAAAUUGACAUUGAACGCUGUGUGAGAGAAUCAAUCAACCUCUUUUGUUGGACUCCUAAAAGUGCUACUUACAGACAGCAUGCUCAACCUCCAAAGCCAACUUCUGAUAGCAGUGGAGUCAGAAGUUCAACACCUUUUUUCUCCACUGAGUGUCCAGAUCCUCCGAAAACAGAUUUGUCAAGAGAAUCCAUCCCAUUAAAUGACCUAAAGUCAGAAGUAUCACCCAGGAUUUCAGCAGAGGACCUGAUUGACUUGUGUGAACUCACAGUGACAGGCCAUUUCAAAACACCCACGAAGAAGACAAAGUCCAGUAAACCAAAGCUCCUGGUAGUUGACAUCCGGAACAGUGAAGAUUUUAUUCGGGGUCAUAUUUCAGGCAGCAUCAACAUUCCAUUCAGUGCUGCGUUCACUGCAGAUGGAGAGCUUACCCAGGGCCCUUUCACUUCUGUGCUCCAGAGCUUCAAAGGGAAGGUCAUUGUCAUCGUGGGGCAGGUGGCAAAGCACACAGCAGAGUUCGCAGCUCACCUUGUGAAGAUGAAAUAUCCAAGAAUAUGUAUUCUCGAUGGCGGCAUUAAUAAGAUCAAGCCAACAGGCCUCCUCACCGUCCCGUCUCCUCAAAUAUGAAGAACCAAGAAAGAGUGUGAUAGUCAAAAGGACAGAGUGGUAUCAGCCCCCAACAGCACAACUCUUCACAGCCUUACCUCUCUUCGACAGAACUAGACUUCCAGAUUGUUGCAUUUCCAUAAAGUUUUGUCAUGAAACAUUUUUUUAAAUCUCAUAACCCACAUGCUCAGCUAUCCAGGCAAUAAACUUGACUGUACAUGUA